CGCUACCCGCGGCAGGGCCGGGGGAUGAGAAAGGGACAGCGAACCCUCUGCCCCCAGCACGGUGGCGAGGAAGCGCGUGGGUUCCGGUGUGUGUGUUGUUCCGCUACCGGCUUGUGAUAUAAAAAGUGGCAGAAAGUGGAUGUUCGGUGUGCUUUUGGUCCUCUAAGUUUUUAUUGUUUAAUUUACAUCCUUGCUUAUUUUAAUCUGGAGGAGGUGUUACUAAAAUAGGCGUUCCUGAGGGAUUUACGCGUGUUAAGUGCUGCGCGGAUACCACCUCGGCCCCUUCGGCCUUAGCGGAGCCGGUGCAUGCACACCUGUGGGGUCUCGCUGACCUCAAAGCUAAAAACCUUAAAGGGAGUAAAAUUCCCAGCUCGUCCGGCUGGCUCCGUGUUGUCCCCGGGUUUCAUCAUCCUUUCCCUCAGUUUCACAACAGGGAUGGCACUGCGACCCACUUGAAUGUUGCGCGUUGCCGCUGUAGCCCUGUCACCGCAUGGGAACACAGCCCUGGCAUUAUUUGUGGCCAAGGCUGACACUCCCUGCCAAGUGGUGCAAGCCUUGCCCUGUCUGAGCAAAACGUGGUAAUCCAUGCACACAUACACCCCCUCCUCUGCAUGCAGAGAGUUUAUUUCUCUGUUUACAAUUUUUGGUGUGUAUAGCUGCAUCUGUGCUCAUCAGUGUGGACAUAUUGGUGAAAAUCUUAAGUAUAGAAGCAGUCUAAAACAUGGUACUACUUAAACUACUACUUCAUUUAUGCAGGAAGGGAAAGCUCAGGCAGAAGGUGGAUCAGCUCGGACAUCACUUCUUAUUUUAGUGUCAAUCUUCUUAUCAGCUGCUUUCCUUAUGUUCCUGGUAUAUAAAAAUUUUCCACAACUUAGUGAAGAAGAAAGAGAAUAUAUAAAGGUUCCUAGAGAUAUGGAUGAUGCAAAGGCCUUGGGAAAAGUCCUGUCCAAAUAUAAGGACACAUUUUAUGUUCAAGUAUUAGUGGCUUAUUUUGCAACAUAUGUUUUCUUGCAGACAUUUGCUAUUCCUGGGUCUAUAUUUCUCAGUAUCCUGUCGGGGUUUCUUUAUCCCUUUCCACUGGCCCUAUUUCUUGUUUGUCUGUGCUCAGGACUUGGAGCUUCAUUCUGCUAUAUGCUUUCAUACCUAGUGGGACGUCCUGUUGUAUACAGAUACUUAACAGAAAAAGUAGUAAAAUGGUCAGAACAGGUUGAACGACACAGAGAACACCUCAUAAACUACAUAAUAUUUUUGAGAAUAACACCUUUUCUUCCCAACUGGUUUAUCAAUAUAACAUCUCCUGUAAUUAAUGUGCCAUUGAAAGUAUUUUUCAUUGGCACUUUUCUAGCAGAAAUUACCACCUGUUGGACAGCUGAAAGAUUACAAAAGAAUAUUAUUUCUGUACUUCUUGAUGAGUGGAGCAUAAGCUCUGUAAGCACCCAUAAGCAUCGAAAGAUUAAUCAGGACUGUUCUGAUGAACUGGAUCAGAGGUGUAGCACCACCGUCUUUUGUAGCCAUAAAGGCAGGAACAACGCUAUACCAACUUACAACAGCAGGGGAAGCUGUUUCCUGGAACUCUGUUUUUGUUCUCAUGAUUCUAGCCAUCCUCUCCAUCCUACCAGCUGUCCUCCAGAAGAAAUUGAAACAGAAGUUCCAAUGAGGAUCAGACUGGACCAGAAUUUCCCAUACUUCAUCUCAGGAUCAGCACUUCUGAUAUUUGUACAUUUGCUUUUCUAAUGGAUCUUAAGCAAUUGAAGAGGAGGCUUGUAAUUGAUAAGAAUGUCUUUAAAUGAACAUGUGGCCUAAAAUUCAAGAAAAUGUAUUCAGAAAUGUACUGCAUAUAGUUUUGUAACCAAACUGUCAGUGUUUUACUCUGGGAGGGGAUGUGUGUGAGGAAAGUAAAAAUACAAGUACAACACUUUGCUCUGAUUACAUGCAGAGCAAAAAUAGCAAUGUAGGAAUAAAGUACAGAUAAUGCUUUCUAAAACUUGCAGUAAAAAUCCCACCUUAAUUAUUCAGUCCAAUUUUGUAACAUUCUCUGUAGGCUUGCAUGUGAUUUGGUCUGAGUACAUUUCUCAUCAACAGUAUUUCUCCUUUUAGUUUUGCCUUGGGAGUUCUAAAAUAAUAGCUUAAUAUAAUAACGGUGCUCACUCAGAGUAAAGAUUUUUUUUUUUUUGCAGUACUUCUGAUCAUUUACUUUUAUUUAUUAGUGCUGUGUUGACUUAAAUACUUGAACCUACAUAUGCUUUACUAACUGGAUUAACAAAUGUCACAUCAUUCCCUCUUGUCCUACAUAGUUUUAUUCUGGGAGAGUGUAUAGGAAGGCAGAGAGCAGGUUAGAAUUUUGAUUGUGGCUGGCUGAUGAUUUUGAAGUUCUAACUUCUAAUUUUUUAAUGUUGAUUACUUUGCCAGUAUUUUACCUGCUUAUAUUUAUCCUGCCAAUUUAAGAAAAUUAUCAUAUGAUUAGCUAAAACUUUCGUUUGCAAAAAAUCUUCAAGCAGUGUAAUAUUACCUUUUCUCAAGCAAUAUGUAUGGAGUAUAAAAUCUUCCAUUUCAACAGGAUUACCUAGAGGAAAUGUCAGGUACACAAACUGGUGCAGUUCUUAUUAAAGAGCUGAUCCCAUAUAAUGUUCAAAGCAUCCAGUAACAGAAGGAUCUAGUGUCAAUGUAUAUAAAACUGAAAAGAUCAUUCCACUGUCUGUAGACUUGGUCUACCAGCAAUGAGUCACCAUUAAGCAGAAGUACAUAUAUUCACUCAGUGAGGUAUAUGAUACCUCCCCUUGUAUGCUUAUAACUGUUCUAGUUUGUUGUGGUAUCAGUGAAAUCCCAUAAAAUGAGGCUCUGAUCAGCAAGAAACUGAGGUGCGUGUUUAAGUUUAUCCUACUGAAACCACUGCUGCCUACAGGCUUUAAGUUGGUGCCCCUGAAGUAUCUUGCUGGACAGGAGUUGCUCCAAUUCAAGAGUUUGUCUGCAUCCUCAUGUUAAGUCAUGAUAGAUCAUUUGAGAUUUAAGAGAACAGUUCCUUAAAUGCGGUAAUGUGAAAGAGUUUUGUUCUUUUUGUAACAUAAUGUUAAUUGACUCCUUCAUUUAAUCACAGUAUUACAUGUAAAUAUAUAGUAAAUAUUAAUACACUGUUUGCCUUUUAUUUAAAUUUGGCUGCACAGUAUAUUGUAUUUUUAUAUAGGUAGAUAAAGGAAUUCAUAUCACUUCUGUUUGCAAAUUUAUUGUAAGAUCAUCUAGCUUCAGCAAUUGUUCUGUUAUUUAGAAUUUACUCUAAAAGUGUACUUUACUGACACUUAAAACUGAACAGUGAUUAUUUUCAUUGCUGCAGUUCUAAUCUCAGAGGUCAUCUACCCAGGGGAUUUAUUCUGUAGUAAAUAUGGGUGUGAAUUUAGCUGUUGUGAGCAAGUGUCCCCUGGACUACUGAGUCUGAAGUUGCUGUAGAUUUACAGCCUACUUUUCUGCAUAGUUAAUUUUUUAUGCAGAUGAACACUCAGAAUGAAUUACCUACUACUUAUUAUCCGUUAUGGUUUUUCUCAAAAUUAGUCUCAAUUUCUGGUCAAUAAAAGAUGCUGUUGUAAAACCCCUUCUGUUCUGUAUAAAGCCAAUGUUUUGGUGGAAGUUGGACACUGAAGAAGGAACUGAACUAUGUUUCAAUGGAACUGAGAUAUAUUUCAAUUUAAUAUGACUCGUGCUGGACCUUUUCACUGAGUUGUAUUUCACUGUGUAGCUGGGAUCUGGCUAUGUUACUGAAACCCUGUUCUGUUUCAGCCAUAGUCUGAGUUCCCAUUACAGUGGCUAAUUUUAAAAGAUUGAAAAAUAAGCUUAUUUUCUUCUGCAAAACUAGCUUUUUUUUUUUUUUUUUUGACUUAUCACUUUUGUGUUUAUCUUCAGCUGCCAGGGGCUUUUGGCAGUUUUCUACCCUAUGAAGAUUCCUUCUGAGGGUUGUGAAGAGUGAGAAAGGCCUUGUGAAAAAGGCAAAAGAGCACUGUGCUGUGGAAUACUGUACUAUUUCCUUUAUGGAAUUCUGCAAGUGACCCAAGAAUCUUUUAACGAGAACAGUGGCUACCAUAAAACAAACUGGGAAAACAGGAAGAUUUAGCUUUGUUUUUUAAUUGCAAGGAAUUUUAAGCUGUUAGGUGACCUGUUUAUUUUUCAGAUUUUUUUGAUCUCUGCAUGACAUCAUUACUAAAUGUCUGUUGUUGUUUGAUAAUAAAGCUAUUAUAUAAAACUUU